GCACCGGACUGGAACCACGACUCAACAUCACCACCACCGCUGCACACAUCUUUCUCUCUCUGUGUCCUCUCUUCCUCUCUCCUCACCCACCUUCUCGCACUGCUCAAGGCCCUAUCGAUCGACCACCAGUGGAAAAUUUCUGCACGUGUCGUCUUGCUCCAAGCUCCCAACUUUCCAACACAACCUCCUCAACCACAACAACAGAUAAUCUAGCAGCUAGCCACACUCACCUUCCUCCGACCUUACAUCACCCCAGUGACGUCGAGGCAUUCCAACCAGCCCGCGCCUCGCCGCAUAUACGCCCAAACUCGAGCUCCAAACGCAGCCUCGCGAAUCCUAGCCCCCAUCAAACGACAACAGCAACUGCAAACAGCAACAGCAAUAACAUCACUCUCCUAGUGUGCUGCUGUCACAACUCUCUAGCUCAACUCCACCCGAAACCCCUCUUGAAAGAACGAGUUCGCGCAGCUCGCUGCCACCGCCGUUAAAAUGUCAGGCGAAGCAUGGUUGUUCCUCUUCGCGGUGUUGGUCAACGCCGUCAACCUGUUCCUGCAGGUCUUCUUCACCAUCAUGUACAGCGAUCUGGAAUGCGACUACAUCAACCCCAUUGACCUCUGCAACCGCCUCAACACGUACAUCAUCCCCGAAGCUGCCGUCCAUGGAUUCCUCACCUUUAUGUUCCUGAUCAACGGAUACUGGGUGCCGCUGAUCCUGAACCUGCCGCUCCUCGCCUACAACAUCAAGAAGAUCUUCGACAACACCCACUUGCUGGAUGCCACCGAGAUCUUCCGCAAGCUGAACGUGCACAAGAAGGAAUCCUUUGUCAAGCUCGGCUUCCACCUCAUCAUGUUCUUCUUCUAUCUCUACAGCAUGAUUGUCGCCCUCAUCCGCGACGAGUCGUCCUAAUCGCUAGAUGCCAUCCCUGCGCGCAACAACGGGACGGAACUCGAGUAUAUACAUCACCAUGCCACGUGGACAAGAAGAAAAAACCGACUGGGCGCCGAAGCUUUCACUCUCUAGGACAGUGCACUCACGGGGGCUAGACAACCUGAGGGCCCAGGGGCGGGCAAAUACUAGACAUGGGGUUGGGGAGGCAAAGAGUGCUGUCAUGAUACCAGAAUGCGGGGGGGUUGGUUUGGUCGGUUGACUUGGGGGGAUGUGGCGCUGAUUUGUUUUCGGUCCCCCUUCCCCCGAACCACGGGCAAGAGGUUUUUCGGUGUCUCUGUUUGGAUUCUGAUGAUGAUGAAGAAUGGGAAAGCAAGCAUGACACGACGGGAGGCGGUACGAAGGAACGGAAACGAAGAGAACGAGACGGCGGAGCGGGUUUACGAUGCAAAAAGACCAACACCUUGGUUUUUUUAAGCUUGAUGAUGCUGCCAGGCCGGCUGGUUCUGGGAGCGGUGGGCUGUGAUAAUUGAGUAAUGACAGAUGUAUCAUGUGUGAAUAGCACCAUAGACGAGGUUGUUCUUAUUG